UAGAGCAGGGGUGUCAAACUGGCGACCCUCCAGCUGUUGUGAAACUACAAGUCCCAUCAUGCUCCUGCCUUUGGGAGUCAUGCUUGUAACUGUCAAUCUUGCAAUGCCUCAUGGGACUUGUAGUUUGGCAACAGCUGGGGGGCCACCAGUACUGGUCUACCGCUCUUCCAGGGGUGUCAAACUGGCAGCCCUCUAGCUGCUGCUGCGGAACUAAAAGUCCCAUCAUGUCUGCCUGUGGGAGUCAUGUAACUGUCAGCCUUGCAAUGCCUCAUGGGAUUUGUAGUUCUGCACCAGCUCGAGGGCCGCCAGUUUGACACCCCGUGUUUUAGAUGAAG